AGUUUUGGGUGACCUCCGAUGGAAGCAGGCUCGCGAAAACCUCAAGGCGUUCAAGCGCUUUUCGCAUCUUCAGAAGUACUUACCCGCCGCAUCGUCUUUCUCCCUGCCACAAAAGCGGACGCACAUUCUUCGGUACCCCCAGGGUUGGUUCCCUUGAAUUCGCCUUUAGUUGUAAGGCCAUCAAUGCCGGGAAAGGCAUUGGGCAAGGGUAAUGGUCGCCCAGAUGGAAAUGGUGGCUCUAGAGCGGAGGCUCGUGACACUUUACCAGACCAAGAUCUGGUGCUCGCAUGGUCGGGGCCAAGGAAAGUGGGUGCAGGACUUUCGAACCUUGGCAACACCUGCUUCUUGAACAGUGUGCUGCAGUCCCUAACGUACACCCCUCCCUUGGCCGCCUUUCUCGAGAGCGGACAACAUCGUGCAUCAUGCCGCGUCUCGGGCUUCUGCGCUCUGUGCGCUCUUGAAGGUCACGUCCGGCAGGCGCUCAAGUCUUCCGGGGGGACAAUCGCCCCCAGCCAACUGGUCAAGAAUCUCCGCACCUUCUCCAAGCAGUUCCGUGUGGGACGGCAGGAGGACGCGCACGAGUUCAUGCGCUAUCUUCUGGAGGCCCUGCACAAGAGCUGCCUGCCACCUGGCGCAGCCAAGCUGCCCCCGGAGAAGCAGCACAGCUUCAUCAACAGGGCCUUUGCGGGGCGGUUGAGGAGCCAGGUCAAGUGCAGCAGCUGCGGGUUCACGUCAGACACGUACGACCCGUUCCUGGACCUGAGCCUCGAGAUCAACCGGGCAGACUCGCUAGAAAGGGCGCUGAAACGCUUUACCACGGUGGAGGUACUUGACGGAGACAAUCGGUACAAGUGCAGCAAAUGUCGCAAGAAGGUGCUCGCCUUCAAGCAGUUCACCAUCGCGCGCGCGCCUGCGGUCCUCACCAUCCAAUUCAAGCGGUUUGACGGCGGGUUCGGCGGCAAGAUCGACAAGAAAGUCGCGUUUCCGACCACACUCGACCUGGCGCCGUUCCUGAGCCCCGAGACGCGCCCCGGGGGAUCCCCCCAGGCGGUGUACCACCUGUACUCCGUGCUGGUACAUUCUGGCCGGUCGACGCACUCCGGGCACUACUACUCGUUCAUCAAGGCGCCCACCGGCAUGUGGCACGUCAUGGAUGAUAGCCGGGUCCAGCAAGUGAGCGAGAAGACGGUCCUCGACCAGCGCGCGUACAUCAUCUUCUACGUCCGUAAACCGUCCGCCAAGCCCGUGGGGACGCCCGAGCCGCUCGCGCCGUCCAAACCGGUCGGCGUCGAAACGAAGCCUGCGCCUGCAAUCAUUACUUCUUCGAAAGAAAAGAGUGUCACCGUUACUGGUGAAAGUGCAAAGGGACCGGCAGUAAGGGGAGAGCCGUUGUCUAGGAGUGUUCCAACCGAGACGACGUCGGUUGAUGGGAACGGCAAAGUUGGCGGUGCGAGUACGGGUCAGAAUGCAGAGGGGGCUAGUGUGAAAACGGGCGCAGGUGGUGAAGAUUCACAUGCGGAGGGGGGAAAGGGCGCUGGGGCGGGCAGGGGUGAGAAGGACCCCCCUGCUGAGGAUGUUGGUGUGCCUGUGAGCCGGGAUGAAGGGCGGCCGGGGGAGGAAGAAACUAGGGAUAGCGGGAAGGAAGGCAGCACCAGCGUGGCGUUGGACGAGGACUACUGGGACCGGUAUUACAGCCAGCACUGGACGUACGUGCCCCCGCAGUACUACCACCUGCUCCGCGUCAUGCCGAGCACGCGGCACUACUACCUGGCCAAGGAGAUGGCCGCGCGCAGGCGGGCCGAGUGGGGCCGGAAGCUGUACGAGGAGGCGCUGGCGAACAAACUAGAGCGGGAGCUUUCCGAGGACGAGAGCGCGUCGGGGGAUGAGUCGGAGGACGAGGAUACGGUUGGUAAGGAUGAGCGGCAAAAGGGGGGUGUGGAGAAAAGUGAAGAGCGGGGGCUAGAGCGGAGGCGGGGUGCUUUUGAGGAAGCAGGGGAGGGGGAAAAGUUUAAGGGAAAGGCUAAGAAGGGGAAAGGUGGGGGGAUGUUGGCGGGUACGGAAGAGGAGAGAGGUGGGGAGGGCAGUGAAGCCGCGGUUGAGAAUGGCAAGAGCCAGCGGGUUGAGAAAGGGGCAGAAAGGAAACGGGAGGAGAAACGGAGACGGGAAGAGGCACAAGGGGCGGGGGCAGCCGAGAGUGGUGCGGUAGAAGCGAAGGAAAAUGGGAAGAGAGGGACCACUGCUUUGAGAGAGAAGGAGAAGAGGGGGGUACCAGAACAGCAGCAGGAAGGGGGGUCCGCGGAAACAACGGGGGCAGUGACCGAGGGUGUGGGGGGAAAGGCUGAGACUGGGAGGAAGGAGAAGAAGCGAAGGAAAGAAGGGGAAGGAGUCAAGGUGAAAGCGGCGGAGGGGAACAAGGAAACAGACCAGAAGCGACUGCUGAUCCAGUCGAUGCUGGCUGACUUGGAAACAGAGGCGGGGAAGGAUGGAGAGUUCGUCCGGAUAGCUUCGGACAGGGGCCAGGCUCCGGACGCUGCUCAGCGUCCGAACGGAGUUACAAAAGCGAAAGCGGGAACGGCGUCCGUAGAGAAGAAGCGGGCGCCCGCGCCGAACGGCGUGCCCGAACGGCCGGCUGUCCGUGCUGACGUCAGCGAAGAGCCGCGUGCCAACGGGCUAACGGAUAUAAAGCUCGCAGGGAAGACGAACGGCAUCGGCGGUGGGAGUACCCCCCGAGUCGGAGCCGGAUUGGGUGCGAAGGCGGGGGUGACGACAGUCCACGUCAGCAUGGACUCCGAUAGCGACAGCGAGAGGGGGCCGGGUUCGGGCUCAGAUGCGGAGUCCGAUCGAGAGUCCGAACGGGCAGAAGCGUCCGAAACGGAAUCUGCUAGUGAGGAGGAGGAAGAGGAGGUUCGGCCGGGGAUGAAAAGGGAAGCUGGAGAGCGAGGGCAAGCUAACGGGGUAAUAUCGGUUCCUGCUAGCGGGGGGAGCCGACAGCCGUUUAGUCCGGGCAAGGGGCUUGGGCAGUACGGGUUUGAAGUCCCGUCCUGGGACAACGUGGAGGCCCUGGGCAACGGUCCUGCUGGCCCCAGCGACGUCACGCAUCCGAAGCGGAGAUACGAUGAGUGGGACCAAUAUUACGACCAAGGUAAAACGAAGAAAGUGAAGACCAAGGGCCUGGCAGACGGCGACUACGCCUCCUUCUUGGCUUCCGAAGGUCGACACGUGGCAGGCGCCCCCAACGGCUCGGCGGUCAGCAACCCCUUCCAGUCGUUUGCGAGCGAAGCUUCAGCUGGCAAGAAGGGGAAAGGUAGAAAACCGCACAGAGUCAAGUGAAGGGAAUGAGCUAGACGGGGAUCUGUUCUGUUUGCUUGCUUGUGUGCAUUCAGAUUUGAGGUUUGCCCUCUCGAGGUGAGCAUGUUAAAUAACGGCUUUUCAGUAGGGUUUGACACGCAUUAUUCUUCAAGCGCUUUGCAAGGUGUACGUAGCGACAAGGUUAGGACGCAUCGCUGUGACGGCUGCAUGCCAGUCCAAUCGUUAAUUUUUGAAAGAGUUUUCUGGGUCCC